AUGGGAGCUGAACCGAAGGUUGCAGAAGAUUUUGUCGCAAAGAUGCCGGCAGAAUCUGCGCGAGCGUUGCUGCAGGGCGGGGAGAUCGAAGUUCUACGAUGGGAGGAUGACGAAAUUGCACUACGCAUGGCGGCUAACCAUUCGCGACUGCCCUGGGAUGAGUUGUCGGAACAGGAACGAGAGGUGUUCGGCGAGGUCGAGACAAACGAAGCACACCGCUCAAUGUAUCUUUUCAUCCGAAACAGAAUUCUUCAAAUGUGGGUGCUUGAGCCGAAUGUCGAGACUCGCCUAGAAGAUGUCAGAACCCAGAUGCCAUACCCUUAUAGAGAUUGCCUUCCACUACAAAAGAGGAUACACGCCUUUCUUGUGAGAUACGGCUACAUCAACUUUGGUCGUUACUGUCCUCUGACACAGCCGAUGCUGAAAGUUCCGACGAAGGUAUUGGUUAUUGGAGCUGGCGCCGCGGGGAUGGCAGCCUAUUCUCAGCUGACUACCUUUGGGUUUGAUGUCCAGCUGCUCGAGGCAAAGAGCGAGGUUGGUGGGCGAAUUCAAUCAUACUACGACCAGCGCGCUCGCGCCUCCGCGGAGCUAGGAGCGACAUGUAUCCGCGGAUUCGCUGGAAAUCCGCUCUGCAUCCUUGCGCGCCAAUCGAGGGUCGUCUUGAAAGAGUUGAGUGGGUCCGAAACCCUGUACGACGAGAAGGGCCAGCCGCUGAGCGAUAAGCUAGAAAAGAUCGGCGCCGAACUCUACGAGAAGCUGCUCGCCACUGCCGCUUACAUAACAGAAGAGAAAAAGAUCACUCAUUUUGGCGGUUUCGAGUUAUCUCUGGAAGAUUUGGUCAAGAAAUUGCAACAACUCAUCAAGCUCGGUCAGACUGACAACGCGAUGGAGUUUUGGGUGAUGGGCAAGGAGGUGGUGAGGAAACGAGCACAACUUUACGAAGAACAAUACCUAUGCAAGAAGAUUUGCGACGAAUUGAACGAGAAGAUUGUGGCUUUGGAAGCUGAGAGAAAGCCUUCUGGGAACGGCGCGGUUGACCUUGAGCAGGAGAUGAUCAACGACAUCCUUCUACGGUGCUACCGAAAAGACAUUAGCGACGCAGUCUCGAAGUACGAUAACCUUGCGAAGCGACGGAAGGUGGUGGACGAAAAACUGCAGAAUGUGAGAACGAUGGAUGGCGGUGAUGUUUUAAUCAACAACGAACAGCAGCAAUUGGUGCAGCACAACUUGGCAGCGCUGGAGUGGGCGACUGGCGCGCCGUUGCAUAAACUUUCCCUACGGCACUGGGACCACGAUGAUCCGUUUGGGUUGAAGGGAGCCAAUCUCAUUCCCGAGCGCAACUUCCGCGAGCUGCUCGACACGCUCACGUUCAAGAAGAAGGAGCAAAUCCGGUACAGGCACGAGGUCAAGGAAAUUCGCUGCACAGAUGCUGGCUGUCAAGUUGUCGUGCAGAGACCACAAGCAGGUGCGCCUUGCGUGUCGGAGACGGUCACCUUGCAUGCGGACGCUGUCAUCUGCACAUUCCCGAUUGGUGUACUGAAACGGUCGGUGGAGCCUGCCAGUGCUGAUCCGAAGAAGGUCGCACCUAGGUUUACGCCCGAACUUCCUGAAGCUAAGGUCGAUGCGAUCCGAAAACUUGGCUCUGGCAUAGUAAACAAACUUUUGUUGAUCUUUGAUCGUCCAUUCUGGGAGAGUCAAAUCCAACAAUAUGGUUAUUUCGGCAUGAUACCGAAAGCCGAAGCGAGCGGCUCUCGAGGAGAAUUUUUCUCAUUCUUGGUUUGUAAUGAUACGCCCGCGCUCAUUUGCCUGCUGGCUGGCGAAUCUGCUGAAUUGCCUUCCGGUACGACGACUCAACACCUUGUCGCGAAGGCAAUGAGCAUUUUGCAGAAAAUUUUCGGUUCAGUGACCCCGAAAGAGCCACUGGGCGUCAGACUGACGCGAUGGCACGAGGAUCCCUACGCGCAGUGCGCUUUCAGCUACAUGGGAAAGGAAUCGCAUCCUGAUAUGUAUGACGAGAUCGCGAAGCCCAUAAUUCCGGAGGGUCCUGGUGGAAAGCCACGCGUCUUCUUUGCUGGUGAACACACACAUAGACGAUACCCCGCCACGGUACACGGCGCCUUUUUGAGUGGCCAACGCGAGGCCGCCAAUGUGGCUGACACAUUUCUAGGCCGCCCCUUCGCCAAGGACUACACGCCCGUCUGUUUUGACAUUGAA